UCUCUCUCUCUCAUUGUAGGACAGAACAUGAACCCGUUGCUCUGGCUAUCCCUCCUGGCACUCUGUUUGGGAGCUGCCAACUCCCAAAAUGCAAAGACUUGUGCUUCUUGCCAUCCUACGGCUGCUGUGUGCACCCAGAAAACAGGUUAUGUGACCUGCAGCUGUAUUUCUGGCUAUGUUGGAAAUGGAACGAACUGCGCCCUUAUUGCCUCAUGCACUACAAGUACCUGCUGUUCCCAAGGUUAUUACUGGGAUAACAGGAUAGGGUAUAAAGUCUGCACAGACAUCAAUGAAUGUGCAGAUUCAACACUGAACAAGUGUGUCCCAUCAACGACUUGUGUAAACAGGGCUGGCAUUUUUCUUUGUGGCAGCAGCAGAAAUGUUGCAUGCUCCAGUGCAACUUGUGCUUUUGACCAAGACUGUCUAAAUGUUACUGGGGUUGUACAGUGUGCAGACCCAUGCUUAAACUACCAGUUGCUGAAUGGAACCAGUAGGUUGUCUACAAUCAACUCCACCGGUGUAUUCACCACCGAUCGAUACAACUUUGGUUGGUUCCGCUACACUGGAACUGGUUUAAGAAUGCAAGAAGGUUGUGUUGGUGCUGUAAAAUGUGGAUCAGCUGAAGCUUUUACUCUUAAUAGCACUCAUCCAGCUAUAGGACAAGGAAUUUUCAUGAUGAGUCUGCAAUCUAACACAGUAAGUGGAUGCAGAGCAGCAGGAACCAUUCCUGUGAAAGCCUGCCCCGGAGGAUACUAUGUCUAUAAGUUCUCUGGAAGUUUGCAGUCUGAGGUUUAUUGCACAGAUCCAUCUCCAUUUGUUGUUCCAACUCUGCCUCCAACUACUACCACUACCACGACACCAACUACUACAACUCCAACCACUACCACCCCAACAACCUCAACUCCAACCACUACUACCACAACAACCACAACUCCAACUACUACCACUCCAACAACCACAACUCCAACUACUACCAGUCCAACUACCACAUCUCCAACAACUACCACUCCAACUACCACAUCUCCAACAACUACCACUCCAACUACCACAUCUCCAACCACUACCACUCCAACUACCACAUCUCUAACAACUACCACUCCAACUACCACAUCUCCAACAACUACCACUCCAACUACCACAACUCCAACUACCACCCCCACAACUACAACACCAACUACUACAAUUCCUACAACUACAACCACUAUAACUCCUACCACUACUAUUCCAACUACUACAACUACCACCCUAACUACUACAACUCCAAUCACUACUACACCCCCACCACCAACUACCACAUCCAUUCCAACAACACCAUUGAAAACUACCAUUCAGCCACAACCAAAUAUCACUGUGACCACACUGAGAAGCAGCAGUAUAGUCAGUGUCACAUCCAAAACUGAACUGAGGAACCGCACAGAGAUGUCGAGUUUAGAGCUGAAUGAGACUACAACUGUCUAUAUUGAAGUGAAGACCAUUAGUCCCACCACUGUUACAACCAAUAUCAACAGCUCAGCUAUACCAUUUUACUCCAGAACAACUAUUGGGUUUGGUCCCCCCAUGACAUUCACCGAAAGACCAGCACCUCAAAACUCAGGAAAUGAAAGUGUUGCUCCAAAUCAGCAACCUUUUCAGGCUAACUUAUACACCAGUACUCCAGCUCAAACCAAGACCAUAACUGAGACCUUUACAGUUGAUAAUGGCAAUUUUACAAGCACUACUACAACAACAACUAUUACAACAGAGGAAGUCAUUGUGAUAGAACAAAAUUUUUUGCCUUAA